UAUCUACACUUGCAUUUUGAGCUAACGGUCUAGAUGGAGGAAAACCAAAGUUCAAGAGCGAUCGACGAUGCUCUUUUCGAUGCUGUUGUGCAAAAGAACGUAGAAAAGGCCUUCGAAGCAAUCGCGAAGAGCGCUGACGUCAAUGUUGUAGCAAAAGUUUAUGGAACGUAUGGUACUGGAUUGGGUGGUCGUCCAUCUGCUCUUCAAGUAGCGUGUGGUGUGGGAUCAACCGAUCUGGUUGAUCUACUUAUAAGAAAAGAAGCCAAUGUGAAGUAUCAAGAUACGUUGUGGGGAUAUACAGCUUUACACUAUGCAAGUGCUGGUGGUCAUGUGUCUAUUAUGAAGAGAUUGGUAGCUGCUGGUUGCAGUAAACAAGUAAAAGACCAUUAUGGAAGGACAGCUCUACACGUUGCUGGUAAUGUUGAUGUUGUUGGUUAUCUGUUGAAUGUUGGUCUCAACAUUGAAGAUCGUGAUACGGAUAGCUACACACCAUUUCUCACGGCAUGUCGUGAUGGUCGUUUACCUGUAGUACAACGUCUCAUUGAAUCAAAGUGCAACAAAGCAGCAACAACUAAUGAUGGAUCAACAGCAUUACAUCUGAUCUGUUCAGAGCAUUUUCUUACGAAUGACCAUUUAUCAGUUGUGAAGCUGUUGACAUCAUUGAGAGUUGAUGUGUCAGCUAAGAACAAUGCUGGCAAAACUGCAAUUCAAGUAGGAGAAGAAACGUUGCAGUCAGAUCAGGGCAGUCGCAAAGAAACUCGUUCUGCUAUCCUUUCCCAUCUGAAGGAAUCGAUUAAGAAAAGUGCUGUUGCUGCUGUAAAUCCAUCACCAGAUGUUGUAGAGAGUUUUUCUACAGACAUUCACGUUCAAGUUCCCAGUCAUACAAGCUCAACAGCAAUAGCAGCCGCUGGCCAUCUCUCAUCACCAGUGACAGGAAGAAUGAGGACUGCUACACCCAUACUACGAUCUCGAACAGAAGCGGCAAAGCAGGUAGAUGAAGAGUUAGUACGACAUCUGAUUCAACAAAUAGAUCAAGUGACACAAGACGGUUUAGCAAAAGAUAGGCAAGUGCAUGACUUGAGACAACAAAUCAGAGAGCUACAGAAGGCACUGAGAGACGAGCAAUUGGAGAAAGAACAGGCAGUUGCUAGAGAAAGAAGGGAGAAAGAAGAGCUACGACAACGAUUAGAACGAGAGCAAGAAGAAAAACACGACGUUCAGAAUGAUCUCGAUGAAGCUCGACAACAACUUGAGCAAAUGAGUGUGGAGAAGGAAAAUGUUCAGCGAUUGCUAAAUGAAGCACAAAUAGAAAAAGCUAACAUUGUAGAGCUCCUUUCAGAUGCCGAUGCUGCAAUUGAACUAUACAAGGAAGAACGGGAAAACAAAGUUUUUAAGAUUCCUUCACGUGACAUUCAAUUGACUGGCACAGAACUAGGACGUGGAUCAUAUGGAGCUGUUUCUGUUGGAUAUUGGGAUGGCUGUCCUGUUGCUGUCAAAUGUUUGUAUGAUGAUUUGGCUGAUGUUGAACGAUACGUUCAACUUGUGCAACAAGAAGCGUCUGUAGCAUGGAAGAUACAUCAUCCCAACAUUGCUGCUGUUUGUGGUGUGACUGUGGAGAAAGAAGUCAAGAAGGCGUGGGUUAUCAUGGAGUUACAGAGCGGCUCUGUUUCUAGCGUGAUCGAUGCAUGUCAACGAGAUGCUGCACCUCUCACUUUACGAGAAAAAGUUGACAUGGCACACGAUUCUUUGUGUGGACUAGAUCACAUUCACUCAAUGCAACCCAUGGAGAUUCUCCACGGUGACAUCUGCCCAAGGAACAUCCUGGUAACUGCAACGAUGAGAGCCAAACUGGGUGAUCUAGGAGCCGCUCGUUUUCAAGAUGCUUCACUUUCAGCCGGCCUUCUCAGUCCAGAAUACACAGCAAAGGAGAUAUUUGAUGCUCUAGUUCUACCAAAAAGCAAGGAAACGGACAUGUACAGUACAGGAGUGACCCUAUGUGAGCUGUUCACUGCUGUUACUCCAGACCGUCGAAAGAGAAUGGAUCAAGUCUUACUCAUCCAUCAGCUAAACGUUCGUUCGUUAUGUAAACACUUGAUGAGAGAUAAUCCUGCCACAUGACCAACAGCAACCGAAGCUCGCAGAAUCAUUAGUCGUAUUCGUGAGACAGACGAGUAUAGAGCAUGUCCGCCCAAACGAAUGGUAAAGGGUAAGAUGGAUGGAGUGGCUCGUGUCACCCUUGUUCAGCCCAAUUGGUGAUGUUGACAUGUCAUUGAAGCAUGUGGUUGUCUAGAUCCUUUUACUUGCAUGAUAUCAUUUCUGUGUUGAUAGAAAAGAUUUACUUAGCAAUAGCAUUAAGCUUAGCUCUGAUUUUUUGCACUUUGUUUUCUUGGAUUGACCAUGCAGACAACGUUGAACUAGCAUUUUCAGUAUUUCACUAUUUGUAACUUUGAUAUUGUUAUUGGCAGUUUGACGUGUACACUUUGUCACGUGUAUGAUUUCUGUAUUUGAUAAGUUCACGUUUUCAGUUGAUAUUAAAGUUUCAGUUGACAUGUUCGACUUUA